GGCGCCGGUGGGCGCGGGCGCCGGGGGUGUGGUGCCCGGGGAGCGCACGCUCUGCUCCCAUCCGGAGUGACCUUGGAUGUACUCGGCGCGGAAUGCGGGGCGUGCUUGUGAUUUCCCGUGCUGUGCUGAACUUGGGAGAGACACUGGAUGGUGGACUAACACGAACACGGACUUCUGUGCAAGUUUCACGUUGGAGAGUAUUGGAUUUGUGCCCUCGUCCAGCAGCUCUGCUGCUGACUUAAAUACAGAUGAAUGAAGACCCCGUUCGGAAAGACACCUGGCCAGCGGUCCAGAGCUGAUGCAGGCCAUGCUGGAGUGUCUGCAAACAUGAUGAAGAAGAGGACGUCCCACAAAAAACACCGGAGCACCGUGGGGCCCAGCAAGCCCGUGUCCCAGCCCCGGCGGAACAUCGUCGGCUGCAGGAUUCAGCACGGGUGGAAGGAGGGGAACGGCCCUGUGACCCAGUGGAAAGGAACCGUUCUGGACCAGGUGCCUGUCAACCCUUCUUUGUAUCUUAUAAAGUACGAUGGAUUUGACUGUGUUUAUGGACUAGAACUUAAUAAAGAUGAAAGAGUCUCGGCGCUCGAAGUCCUCCCUGAUAGAGUCGCGACCUCUCGAAUCAGCGAUGCGCACUUAGCAGACACAAUGAUCGGCAAAGCGGUGGAGCACAUGUUUGAGACAGAGGAUGGUUCUAAAGAUGAGUGGAGGGGGAUGGUCUUAGCACGGGCACCUGUCAUGAACACGUGGUUCUACAUUACCUAUGAGAAGGACCCUGUGCUGUACAUGUACCAGCUCUUAGAUGAUUACAAAGAAGGCGACCUUCGCAUUAUGCCUGAUUCUAAUGAUUCCCCUCCAGCAGAAAGGGAGCCAGGAGAGGUUGUGGACAGCCUAGUGGGCAAGCAAGUGGAGUACGCCAAAGAAGACGGCUCGAAAAGGACUGGCAUGGUCAUCCACCAAGUGGAGGCCAAGCCCUCGGUCUAUUUCAUCAAGUUUGAUGAUGACUUCCAUAUCUACGUCUACGACUUGGUGAAAACGUCCUAGAUGUCAUCACGAACUUUGCCAAAUUUGUGGAACUAUGAAAUGUAUCAUUUGUAGACAUAAAGACUUGAUUGCUUUCCAGUUUAAUGAAAGCUUAAAUGUCCCUGCGAACCCACAAUCUCUGCCAGCAGAACUGGUUUCGUUCUAGUAGUACAGAUUGAUGUGAACACAAAGCAUUUUGUGUGAGGAGACCUCCUUCCUCUUAAGGGAAGUCUGUCUGGAGGGGAGUUACAGGCAAGUUUGGUCAAAGUUGAGCUAGUGUCAUAGUCAUUUACAACUGUCAUGGACCUUAACCAUUCCCCUUCACUCUGACACAGUCUAUUCUGCUGCCACAAUGCAAGCAUAGUUUGGUAUUUUUGUUAUUGCCUUUCUUGAGAUAUAUGUACCUAUAUCUACCUAUCUAUACUUAUAUCUGUGUGCAUACGUAUAUAAUAUAUAUACACACACAGAGACAUGUACACACACACACACCAUUGGCAGUCCUUUCUUUGUGGAUUGGGAUGGGGGUGAUGUAAUUUUCUCCAGUUUAACAGGAGUGCUUGACCCAGUCAGUCAUAUUUAUGAUAUUACUGCUCUUUGUUUAAAAUUGAAUUUGGGCGUAGGGAGCACAUAGGGACAGAGAGCUUGUUUUGGAAGUCAGAGAGGAGCUCAAAACACCUUUCAAUCUGGAGGCUUUCAACCAUAAGUCCAAAUACACAUUACUUGGGAACAGUGAAUAACAACCCACGUUAGACUUACACACUGGUGAGAAAUCUGGGUAAAAGGCUACCUUUAAUUCUAAGCUCUGUGGGGGUUUUUUUGUUUACACUUACUCGUCAAUAGCUUAGAGAAGCCCAGGUCCGGGGCCCGCGCAGUGUAGCAUCGGUGUGUGUGGACGGCGCAGUGGUCCGUUAUUUGCACAAUCACUCAUCUGGAUUUCAAAGGCAACAGCACAUCAGUGGUCUGUGUGUAUGUGGUAAGUUCCUAGAAGAACACAGUGCUUUUAUAUUAGAAAUGUAAGUUUUAAGAAUGGCAUUGUUGCCUUCUGUCAAGUUCUCUGGGACGUUUUAAUUUGUAUUACUAUUAUUGUUGGUACAUGAUUAUGGUCGGAAAGACCCUGUCCCCUCCACUGGCUGUUCCCCACAAAGACUGUACAGACAAAUAACAGCUCCAUCUCUCGACACUUCUUGUGGUGGUGUAUGUUCUUGCUCUUGGUGUGCUGUUCUUACGGACUCUUUCCAUCCGCAGCCCUUGGGACUGCGUGGCAGUGCUGUGACCCCAGAGGGCCAAUCCAGGGUUGGCUUGUGGGUGUAAGGGAGGCAGCCCUUCGCCACGGAGUCCAUCUGUGGUUUGUCCCUGCAAGGAGGCUCUAAGCCAAGAUACAGCUGCAGAGCAGAGAGAUUGCUCUCGCCUUAUUUUGGGGGUGGUCCUGGUCGUCUGGCAGCCAGGAGAAAGGCCAUGGGCAAGACCAGUCUCUACGGAGGUGGAAAGUGUCCCUGCAGGUAGGGAGGGCUGGAGCAUGCAUGCCAUCCGUCAGUCUCCAGAGGUCUAGGUCAGAAGCCGUGUGCCCUCUGCUGUGGCCACUCUCGGUGUUGCAGGUCCCAGCGUUUCAAGGCCUCGCCACGCAUGGUUUGCUUAUUGCCCCUUUAAGCCUUCACGGAGGCUCGUGCCUUGUGCUGUUGGCUGGUCACGGCUACCCCCCCACGUAAACACGGUGCCUCAAUUCUCUGUCCGCAGCCCAGUCUCCUGCACCCACUCCACCGCAGGCAGCCGCAGGGGAGCUUCUCAAAGCACUGUGAUGCCCAGGUCUGGGGCUUGUGCGUGAGUGAGUCUGCACUGUGCUGUCCUGUGGGCUCUCCAGCGUCCCUGCAUGUGAGUGUCAACGUCCAGCCUGGCUCCCAGGUCCCAGAUGGCGUUUGUAGCACAAGGAUUGUGAGCGUGUCUGGCGUGCACGGACUGCGUGCAGAACGUAUGGCAGUGACUUGGGCCGAACAGCGGAGUUUAUUUUGAGGUGUCCUGAGGGUGGGGCCGAUGGAAACGUUUCUCGCAUUACCCGAUGACUUGCAUUGUGGUUUCUGCAAGCUGCUUAGUGACUGUGACAGGCCGCGUAUCUCCCAGUCUCUAGAUGGAUGCCACGUGAUGAUGAUGUAAUGACUUUAAUCAUCGUUCCAUUUAUAUUGUCUUUAGGGCCAGGGAAAGGGGAAGGGUGUUUUUUGUUCUUUUUUAUUUUCCCCCGUUCGUUCGUUCUUUUGGUGGUUUCCACCGCUCCUAGUGACGCUGUGACUGACUCUGCUCCCGAGCCCGCGUGUCUGGGGCUUCGCUGUAGGCUCAUGUUCAGAUCUGCAUGCAUUGCUUGCAUUUUUCUGGUAUCUGAAUGUUGGUUCCUUGUUAGGAAUUCAGCAUUGAUUUCCAAAUUAUCAUGGGACUUGUGACAACACAAGACAUGGAUCUGUGUAUAAAAUUUCUCGGCCUUUCUCAUUUACCUGCGCUAGUAUUAUCGUAUCUCGUGUGCGUGCGUGUGUGUGAUGUCAGGCUGCCACGUAAAACUUCAGAGAAAAACCUUAAAAGCAGACCAUCCUUUUUUGCAUGCCCUAUUCUAAGUAGAAUGUUCAGUGUAACUAACUAAAAUUGCAUGUUAAAGAUAUUUAGGUUCUUUGUUUUCUUUUCUUUUUUCUUUUUUUUUAAUUUGCUUUCAGUUUCCUGUAUAUUUGCUUACUGUACUGUUUUAGUGGUCGUAGGAUAAAAAUGCACUGGUGAAGCAAACGUAGUGCCAACAGAAGGCGAGUUUCCAUUGUAUAUGUCAUGCAGCAUUUGAGGGGACUGUGCUUUCUUAAAUCGCAGUGACUUCUCAGCCAGAUUUCAUUUCUGUUAUCGUUUUAUGUGCCAAACCCCGAAGUGCAUUGGGCUUGAAUCUGAACACUGUAGACCCAUUAGAAGACUGUCUUGAUUGUCACACAUUGUAGUGCCUGAAAACACUCUUAAGCUGAGAUUGUCUUAAAAAAAAAAAAAAAAAAAAAAGGAAAGAAAGUCCUCCAAAGACAAACAGGAACAGUUACUCUAACACACAGUCCCGGUCGGCACGUCCGCGGUUCCUCGGAAAUGCUGCGUUCUGUGCUCUCCACCAGGAGCGCAGUGGGGUGAAUGUGUCGCGUUCAGAGGUCUUCGUGUUCACGUUUUAAAAUUAGGCAAAUGGCCUCAUCUUUCGAGCUUGAAUUCAUUUUUAAUUUUAAUUUUAUUUUAUACGAUGUGUAGACAGUUCCCUGUUCUCUGCAUUUAGAAGUAUACACAAUAUAAAUCUGUUAAUUCUGUAAGUAAUUUUUAUAAUUAUGAUGUAACUCUAUCCUAUCCUUAAAACAUUUAAAAUAAACCCUUUAUGU